AGGUUUUGAAAUAUGUCGCGCGUGUUGCAUACGUCCAUGUUGUUCAAUGUGAUUUGAUAAUUUUUCGUUGAUUUCAAUCUUUCUUGUGUUUUUUUGUGUGAAAAUGAAGGUGAAAAUUCUAAAGAGAAAUCCGGAUGAAUACUUACGAGAAACGAAACGUGACAUUCAUAAAGUUCCUAGGAAUUAUGAUCCAGCACUACAUCCCUUUGAAGCAGCAAGAGAAUAUACUAGAGCUCUAAAUGCAGUGAAAUUAGAAAGAGUAUUUGCAAAGCCUUUCAUAGGAUGUUUGGAAGGUCAUAAGGAUGGAGUGACUAGUUUGUGUAAACAUCCCCAAGAACUAUCUGUGCUUCUCAGUGGAGCUUUUGAUGGUGAAGUAAAGGAAUGGAAUAUUACUCAAAGAACUUGUGAACGAUCGAUUUUGGCACACGAUGGUACAGUACGUGGAAUUGUGUAUGGUGUAAAUGCUGAACAUUUUAUUACUGUUGGUGACGACAAAACCAUUAAAAUAUGGAAAGUAGAAAAGCCAUCAUUAGGUGAAGAGGAGGAACCUAUAAAUACAGUUCUCAGUAAAACUAUUAUAACUGGAAUCUCUCAUCAUAAAACAGACCCUAUAUUUGCAACAUGUGGUGAAGUAUGUAAUCUAUGGGAGGAAACUCGAAAUGAACCAAUUAAAACUUUUAAAUGGGGUGUUGAUAGCUUAUAUGACAUUAAAUAUAAUCCUGUUCAGCCAAAUUUAUUUGCUGCUUGUGCAAGCGAUCGUAGUAUCAUCUUGUAUGAUGCCAGAGAAACAGGUCCCCUGAGAAAAGUGUUCAUGAAGUUAAGAACUAAUAAACUGUCUUGGAAUCCCAUGGAAGCUGUAACUUUUACAUGUGCUAAUGAAGAUUAUAAUCUAUAUACUUACGAUAUUCGCAAGCUACACACACCAGUAAACGUGCAUAUGGACCAUGUAGAAGCUGUGAUAGAUGUUGAUUAUUCACCGACAGGAAAAGAAUUUGUAUCGGGUAGUUAUGAUAAAUCUAUUCGUAUUUUUGAAGCCAAUAAAGGUCAUUCUCGAGAAGUUUAUCACACAAAACGUAUGCAAAGACUGACAUGCACAGCAUGGUCUCUAGAUAAUAAAUAUAUUCUUAGCGGUAGCGACGAGAUGAAUAUUAGAAUAUGGAAGGCAAGAGCAUCAGAAAAAUUGGGUGUACUGAAACCUAGAGAGAGAUCAGCUUUAUAUUACAGCGAAGCGUUAAAAGAAAAGUUCGCUGCGCAUCCCCAAAUUAAAAGAAUCGCUCGGCAUAGACAGGUUCCGAAACAUAUUUAUAACGCUAAAGCCGAAUUACGCACAAUCCGCGAGAAAAGCAGCCGGAAGGAGGCUAACAGGCGUGCCCAUUCCAAACCUGGAACAGUACCUUUCGUUCCAGAGAGACGAAAACAUGUCGUUAACCAAGAUGUUUAAUAAAGAAAUAUCUAUUGUAUUACUACAAGUUUUUGUACAAUUAUAAUAAAAAUAACAUUAUUCCUUGCUAAAUAAAAAUUUAUAAAACCUAAUA